UUAUUACGCAAUGUCCUGUUUUGGAUAAGAAAUGGCGCCAGUUUUGUUUCUCUGGUUUGUGUUACGCGUGUCGAAGUUUAUAAUUUAUUAACAGAUUGGACUUUGUUUUCUUUUUUGUUUAUCUGAAUGUUUUUAUUUAAAGUGACGGUUUAGAUGUGAAACGGAAGUCUUGAGAUCGAUUAAAGAAAGAAAAACAACAAUUUAGCCGACUGAAGAGAGUGAGAACGGAUCAGCCUCACUCAAAGGAAGUUUCUGAGAUGGAAGCAGCUCACAUCAGCCCAGAGCCUCCUAUUCGAUGGGUUGUUUCUGCAGACAGGACUGUUGAGAUCAAGGAGGAAGUGACUGAGCUGGGGUGUGACCAGGCCAAUGAGCGGAUCCUGCAGGAGGAAACGCCACCUUCUAGCAUCACUGAGAGAGGCGGAGAAUCAUUUAUAGGUUUUACGGCUUCUGAGGCCGAUAAAACGUAUAAUUGGGCGAGCCUAUACAGGAAUCUGGAUGGGGAUGACAGCGAUAUCGAUUUAAAUGAAGAAGAGGAUGAGGACGAAGAUGAAGAAAAGAGCAGCAGGGAGGGAGGAGGUGAAAGUACAGACGAAGACGUGCCUUUAACUCGCUUCAGAGUCCCGAAUUGGACCCGACUAACAGAAUUGCCGGAACAGAAAAUGCCAUUGAAUAUAAAGAAUUACACAGAGGUUAGUGGUCCGAGAUUCAUACCCCGCAGCGCAACCCGACCAGCUGAGUUCUUUGAGCUGUUGUUUUCAUCAGAGCUGCAAGAAUACAUCUGCAGCGAGUCCAACAAAUAUGCAUUAGAAAUGAACGAAAAGUACAGAGAAAGAAACGCUAAAUCCAAAACGUAUGAGAGGCUAUUUUCAUGGUGGACUCAAUCUGGCGGUAUGACAAGAAAUAGAUUGCGUGCUGUUUUAGGGUUGUGGCUGAAUAUGGGGUUAGUGUGGAAGCCCGACAUGAAAGAAUACUGGAAUACGAAAGAUGCACUGCGAGCAACGCCAGGAUUCGCGCGAAUAAUGUCCCGCGACAAGUUUCUGUUUUGUCUUGCAAACCUGCACUUGAAUGACAACAGAAAGCAAGAGAAGAAAGGCAAACCCGGUUACGACAGUCUAUUCAAAGUGCGACCAGUACUUGAUCAGGUGGAGUCUCUUCUUACAAAGUACUAUGUUCUAAAUGAAUUUGUUUCAAUCGAUGAAAACCUGUUAGGAUUUAAAAACCGAACGUCUCUUAAGCAGUACCUUCCAAACAAAUUUGGACUAAAGCUGUGGGUGCUUGCUGACAGUGCAAACGGGUAUGUGUACAAAUUUAAAUUGCAUACAGGAGCUUCAAACGACACAGAGAGAGAGACCUAUGAUGUUGUUAUGUCUCUCAUGGAUGGUCUGUUGGAUAAGGGACAUACUUUGAUUACUGACAACUUCUACACCUCUGUACCUCUCGCUUCAGCUCUUACUUAUCAGCACAACACCCAGCUGGUCGGAACACUGCGUGGCAAUAGAAAAUACUUGCCUUCGGUUCCGAAAUGCAGAGUCGGUGAACAGGUGGUUUACAGGUCUGGGAGAUUGCUGUAUACUGCUGUCAGACAAAAGACAAGCCACAAGAAGCCACUUCUCCUGCUUAGCACCAGGAACAUAGCAACUGAGGUAAAAGUGAGACGUGCAGGUAAAGAUGUUACCGUACCCGAGUGUGUUGAAAUGUACAGUCGGAAAACGGGAGGUGUGGAUUUGGCAGAACAGAAGAUUUACUCUUAUGAGAAUGAAAGGAGAUCGUACAAGUGGUACUUUAAAAUCUUUUUCAGUGUGAUCAACAGGUUGGUGCUGAAUAGUUACAUCCUGUAUCAAGACACGGUUCAACAACGCCAGCAGGUGGAGAGCGAUGUACACCUGCCCCCGCUCAGCAGAAGGACAUUUUUAGCCUCAGUUAUUGAUGACUUCUGCAAAAAUGUGUGUGACAAUGAGAAAGUCGCGCCGAUCCCGCCCUCGCUGCAUUCUGGAUGCAAGCUAGAAAAGAUGAAAAUAACCAAAACGUCUUCUGGCAAGAAACGUCAGCCAGAGAAAGAUUGUACAGUUUGCAGCAAUCGCAAAGUGAAGCGAACAAGAACCACAUACACAUGUGCUGCCUGUAACAUCGGCGUGUGUCGAGAAUGCUUUCACAAGCACUCAAAAAAGUGAACUUUCACCGUCUUUACAGAAGAACAUUUUUUCUGACUUUUAUUUUUAUUACACGUUUUUAAUUUAUCAAUCAUAAACAUGGCCAUUUUUUUUUUUUUUUACCAAAUCCAAGAACUAGAAAUAUCGCACCUAAAAACGGAUUGAUUUUAACCAAACCGUAGAACUGGAUUUACAAAUCAUUAAAAAGGACUUUAUUGCAUAUGAAUUGAGAAUAAGCUUCCCUGUGCUAAUCCUGAUGUGUCUCGAUAACUCACAGCAAGUUAUGUGUGUUUAUUACUUUGAGUGUAAAAUUGCUGUUGGUGUUUCUGCCAUGCCGUGUGAUUUUCGGUUUAUGCUGUUUGUUUGGUUUCAUGAUACAUAACAAGAUUGUGGUUACAUUUAUUUUCUUUUUUUUUUUGUAAAAUAAACUACCUGGUAAAUAAAUGUCUGUGGAUGGAA